GACGGCGGCGGCCGCGGCUGAGUCGGUGGUGGCGGCGGCGCCUUCGGCUCAGCGGCGAGUUUCCGAUUUAAAGCGGAGCUGUGAGGAAAAUGGCGGCGGGUGGAUCAAAAUACUUGCUGAACAGUGGACUCAGAGACUAUUAAAAAAUAAAAAUCCUACCUGAGCAUCAUAUGACUGGUUAGAAAGUUGCUGAUGUAUAUUCAGGAUGAGUGGAUUAGGAGAAAACUCCUUGGACCCACUGUCCACUGAUUCACGAAAGCGCAAAUUGCCAUGUGAUACUCCAGGACAGGGUCUUACCUGCAGUGGUGAGAAGUGGAGACGGGAGCAGGAGAGUAAAUAUAUUGAAGAAUUGGCUGAACUAAUAUCUGCAAAUCUUAGUGACAUUGAUAAUUUCAAUGUCAAACCUGAUAAAUGUGCAAUUUUAAAGGAAACAGUGAGGCAGAUACGGCAAAUAAAAGAGCAAGGAAAAGCAAUUUCCAAUGAUGAUGAUGUUCAGAAAGCUGAUGUGUCAUCUACAGGACAGGGAGUUAUUGACAAAGACUCUUUAGGACCACUUUUACUUCAGGCAUUGGAUGGUUUCUUGUUCGUGGUGAAUAGAGAUGGAAACAUCGUAUUUGUAUCAGAAAAUGUUGCACAGUAUCUACAAUAUAAGCAGGAAGAGCUCGUCAAUACAAGUGUCUACACUAUCUUGCAUGAAGAGGACAGAAAGGAUUUUCUUAAAAACUUACCGAAAUCUACAGUUAAUGGAGUUUCCUGGACAAAUGAGACCCAGAGACAGAAAAGUCACACAUUUAAUUGUCGUAUGUUGAUGAAAACAACACGUGAUAUUUUGGAAGACAUGAACACCAGUCCUGAAAUUCGCCAGAGAUACGAAACAAUGCAGUGCUUUGCUCUGUCUCAGCCACGCGCCAUGAUGGAGGAAGGGGAAGAUUUGCAGUCCUGUAUGAUCUGUGUGGCACGCCGUAUUACUACUGGAGAAAGAGCUUUUCCGUCAAAUCCUGAGAGCUUUAUUACCAGGCAUGAUCUUUCAGGAAAAGUCGUCAAUAUAGAUACAAAUUCUCUAAGAUCCUCCAUGAGGCCUGGCUUUGAAGAUAUAAUCCGAAGGUGUAUCCAGAGGUUUUUUAGUCUUAAUGAUGGGCAGUCUUGGUCCCAGAAACGUCACUAUCAAGAAGCUUACAUUCACGGCCAUGCAGAAACCCCAGUGUAUCGGUUCUCCUUGGCUGAUGGAACUAUAGUGACUGCACAGACAAAAAGCAAACUCUUCCGAAAUCCUGUAACAAAUGAUCGUCACGGCUUUGUCUCAACCCACUUUCUUCAGAGAGAACAGAAUGGGUAUAGACCAAACUCAAAUCCUGUAGGACAAGGCAUUCGACCUCCUGCAGGUGGAUGCAGCAGUUCCAUAGGUGGCAUGAGUAUGUCCCCAAGCCAAAGCUUACAGAUGCUGACCAGCAGGUCCUAUGGCUUGGCAGAUCCCAGCACCACAGGGCAGAUGAGUGGAGCUAGGUAUGGGGCUUCCAGUAACAUAGCUUCACUGACUACUGGGCCAGGCAUACAGUCACCGUCUUCCUACCAGAACAACAACUAUGGACUGAACAUGAGUAGCCCCCCACAUGGCAGUCCUGGUCUUGGCUCCAACCAGCAGAAUAUCAUGAUUUCACCUCGUAAUCGUGGGAGCCCAAAGAUGACCUCACAUCAGUUUUCUCCUGGUGCAGGUGUGCACUCUCCCAUGGGAACUUCUGGCAGUACUGGGAGCCACAGCUUUUCCAGCAGCUCUCUCAGUGCCCUGCAAGCCAUCAGUGAGGGGGUGGGGACGUCUCUUUUAUCUACUCUGUCUUCACCAGGCCCCAAAUUGGAUAAUUCUCCCAGUAUGAAUAUAACCCAGCCAGGUAAAGUGAGCAGUCAGGAAUCCAAGAGUCCCCUAGGCUUGUACUGUGAUCAGAAUCCAGUGGAGAGUUCAGGGUGUCAGUCAAAUAGCAGAGAUCACCUCAGUGACAAAGAAAACAAGGAGAGCAGUGGUGAGGGGUCAGAGAAUCAGAGGGGUCCUUUGGAAAGCAAAGGUCAUAAAAAAUUACUGCAGUUACUCACCUGCUCUUCUGAUGACCGAGGUCAUUCCUCCUUGACCAAUUCCCCCUUGGAUUCAAGUUGUAAAGACUCUUCUGUGAGUGUCACCAGCCCCUCUGGAGUCUCCUCCUCAACAUCCGGGGGAGUGUCCUCUACAUCCAACGUGCAUGGGUCACUGUUACAAGAGAAGCAUCGGAUUUUGCACAAGUUGCUGCAGAAUGGGAAUUCACCAGCUGAAGUAGCCAAGAUUACUGCAGAAGCCACUGGGAAAGACACCAGCAGCACAGCUUCGUGUGGUGAAGGAAGUGUGAAGCAGGAGCAGCUAAGUCCUAAGAAGAAGGAAAAUAAUGCACUUCUUAGAUAUCUGCUGGACAGGGAUGAUCCUAGUGAUGCACUCUCUAAGGAACUACAGCCCCAAGUGGAAGGGAUCGAUGGGAAAAUCAGUCAGUGCAGCAGUGCCACCAUUCCUAGCUCGAGUCAAGAGAAAGACUCUAAAGUUAAGACAGAAACAAACGAAGAGGGAUCUGGAGACUUGGAUAAUCUAGAUGCUAUUCUUGGCGACCUAACUGGCUCUGACUUUUACAGUAAUUCUGUAUCCACAAAUGGCAGUCAUUUGGGGACCAAGCAACAGAUAUUUCAAGGAACUAAUUCUCUGGGUUUGAGAAGUCCACAGCCUGUCCAGUCCAUUCGUCCUCCAUAUAACCGAGCAGUGUCUCUAGAUAGCCCUGUUUCUGUUGGCUCAAAUCCUCCAGUAAAGACUGUCAGCGCUUUCCCCAUGUUACCAAAGCAAUCCAUGUUGGGUGGGAAUCCACGAAUGUUAGAUAGUCAGGAAAGUUAUGGCUGCAAUAUGGGAGGACCAAACAGAAAUGUGACUGUGAACCAGACUCCUUCCUCAGGAGAUUGGGGCUUACCAAACUCAAAGGUCAGCAAAAUGGAACCUAUGAGUUCAAAUUCCAUGGGAAGACCAGGAGGUGAUUACAGUGCUUCUUUACCUAGACCUGCAGUGGGGGGCUCUAUGCCCACCUUGCCUCUUCGGUCUAAUAGCAUACCAGGUACAAGACCAAUGUUGCAGCAGCAGCAGAUACUUCAAAUGAGGCCUGCUGAGAUUCCCAUGGGAAUAGGGGUCAGUCUCUAUGGCCAACCAGCACCAUCUGCUCAACCAGGUUCCUGGCCAGAUGGCAUGUUGUCCAUGGAACAAGGACCUCACGGGACGCAAAAUAGGCCUCUUCUUAGGAAUUCCUUGGAUGAUCUCCUUGGGCCACCCUCUAACCCAGAAGGCCAGAGUGAUGAAAGAGCAUUGUUGGACCAGUUGCACACACUCCUGAGUAAUACAGAUGCCACAGGCCUGGAGGAAAUUGACAGAGCUUUGGGAAUCCCUGAGCUUGUAAAUCAGGGACAAGCUCUGGAGCCCAAGCAGGAUGCUUUCCAAGGCCAAGAAGCAGCAGUAAUGAUGGAUCAGAAGGCAGUAUUAUAUGGGCAGACGUACCCAGCCCAGGGGCCUCCUAUGCAAGGAGGCUUUAAUCUUCAGGGACAAUCACCAUCUUUUAACUCCAUGAUGAACCAGAUGAACCAGCAAGGCAGCUUUCCUCUCCAAGGAAUGCACCCUAGGGCCAGCAUCAUGAGACCCAGGACAAAUACCCCGAAGCAACUUAGAAUGCAACUUCAGCAGAGGCUGCAGGGCCAGCAGUUUUUGAAUCAGAGCCGGCAGGCACUUGAAAUGAAAAUGGAAAACCCCACCGCUGGUGGUGCUGCUGUGGUGAGACCUGUGAUGCAGCCUCAGAUGAGCUCCCAGGGUUUUCUAAAUGCCCAGAUGGUUGCCCAGCGCAGCAGAGAGCUGCUGAGUCAUCACUUCCGACAGCAGAGGGUGGCCAUGAUGAUGCAGCAGCAGCAGCAGCAGCAGCAGCAGCAGCAGCAAACCCAGGCCUUCAGCCCCCCUCCAAAUGUGACUGCCUCCCCUAGCAUGGAUGGAGUUUUGGCAGGACCUGCAAUGCCUCAGGCUCCACCACAGCAAUUUUCAUACCCACCAAGUUACGGAAUGGGACAACAACCAGAUCCAGCCUUUGGUCGAGUGUCUAGUCCUCCUAAUGCAAUGAUGUCAUCAAGAAUGGGUCCCACCCAGAAUCCCAUGAUGCAGCAUCCUCAGACUGCACCCAUGUAUCAGUCCUCAGAAAUGAAGGGGUGGCCAUCAGGAAACUUGGCCAGGAACAGUACCUUUCCCCAGCAGCAGUUUGCCCACCAGGGGAGUCCUGCAGCUUACAGCAUGGUGCACAUGAAUGGCAGCAGCAGCCACUUGGGGCAGAUGAGCAUGAACUCCAUGCCCAUGUCUGGCAUGCCCAUGGGUCCUGAUCAGAAAUACUGCUGAUAUCUCCACACUGGGACCUCUAAGGAAAUCACAAAUGAUACUGCACCAGGAUCAUUGGGAGGUAAAGAAUCAUUGUUCAGGCAUCCAGCUUGGAAGCAAGGACCAGCUUUGAUCUCCACUGUGGUAUUCCAAGUGAUGUCAUUUGAGCAGCACUGGAUCUUAAGCUGAAGCGCAAUAUCUACCUGUUUCCCCUCUUCUCUGUAUCAUGGUGUUCAAACAAAUAUUUUCAGCAUUCUGCUUCCUAGGGAUGCAAUUCUGGAGAUGAGUGUUCCUGAUCACAAAAUCCUCUUGUGUCAUGUCCUUCUGCCUUGUGAGCCUGAGUCUUUCAAAUAAAUGUAGGCGGGCUAGGGUUUUUCUAGUUGCAGGACUGGACAUAGCACAUAGUCCCAGCCUCCAAGUGUUUUUGUCACUACCAGCUAGUUCUAUGUUAUCUUUCAUACAGUGGAAUUGCCAUUGCCUCAUUUUGUCCUUCAUGGAUGGGGUUGAAUUGCCAUCUCCCUAGUUUUUGUAGUCCUUGGUUCUCCCAAUGAGGAUUUUCAUUUGGCUCUAAUGUCUUGUAAUAGUCCAGAAUUUGUCAUUGAUGUCAGAUGGCUUUGCAGAAGAGAAAAUGAGACGACAGUAUUUUAAUUGCAGCAGUGGCAAAAUUUUCAUAAGCUAAUGUGCAGCCAAAGUGCACUUUAUUUAAAAAGCAAUGGAUAAAUGCAAUAUUCUUGAGGUCUUGAGGAAUGGUGAACCACAUUCCUGGUUUUUGUCUACACUUGUUGGACAAGAACCAUGAUUUAAAAAAAAAAAAAAGUACUGGUGUCACCCUUUGCCUAUAUGGUAGAGCAAUAAUGCUUUUAAAAAAUUAACUUCUGAAAACCCAAGGCCAGGUACUGCAUUCUGAAUCAGAAUUUCGCAGUGUUUCUGUGAAUAGAUUUUUUUUGUAAAUAUGACCUUUAAGAUAUUGUAUUAUGUAAAAUAUGUAUAUACCUUUUUUGUAGGUCACAACAGCUCAUUUUUACAGAGUUCAUGAAGCUAAAUAUUUAACAUUGUUGAUUCAGUGAGCUCCAUGUUCUGAGGCUACAAACAGAAGAGACAUCCACGAAUCGUGGCCUAGGAGGAGGGGGUUAGUGCUCCACACCUUUUCCUCUUCCCCCAGCCUGGAUGCCUUGUUCUUCUCAAUCUCUUAAUCUAAAUGCUUUUAAAAGAGAUCAUUUGUUUAGAUGUAGGCAUUUAAUAUUUUAAAAAAUUCCUCUCCCAGAGUACUAAGCACUUUGUUAAUUUUGGGGGUAAGAAUAGAUAUGGGGAAAUGAAAAAAACAGGAAUUAUUAAAAAAAAAAAAAGUAAUUUGAUUUAAAAAA